AUCUAGAACAGAGAAGAGACCAUUUACACCGGCUGCCUUGGAAAUGCAGAAAAAGGGAAAACGCUAAAAUAUGGCAACAUCAAAACGAUAAGGUCAUGACGCCGAACUGAAGGUAGCUAUACCCGACAUAUCAUUACAUGCACAUGCUUUUCGAUGCGUUAAAUUGGAAGCGUAGGUUUCGAUGGCUUAUUCGGAGAUGUAAAAAUGAUGACAAGGAUUGGUAGGCUGUGUGACAUUGAACAUACAGGACACGAAACAGACGAGGUCGUCUUUAGAGCUGAACACCAUUUCAAACUCGCACACUCCUCUUCUAUUCCUCCACCCUGCUGUCGACUACAAUGUCGUGUUAGUUAAAGACAUUUUUGCGGCCUUUGGAUCCGGUUCUCGCUCCCCCAGCUGCUUUGCAAAUAUGCUACGGCGUCUCUCUGCGGUAUCGGCUAUUAUCCUAGCCUAGCGGCUCGGUGAAGGGAACUACCCUAGAUCCAGAACAGACAGGAGACGUCGUCAUCAGCAUUUUCCUGUAUUUAAAUGGUUGCGUAUGAGGAGGUCAUUGCUGAAAAGGAAAGAUAAGACGGUAGGUGUCCACGCUGAGAGCCAGCUCAUCGUUAAAGCGUUCACAGAUGCAGUGUAAUGCACUAAAAUGUACUUGAAAAUGGAACUGCUUGGAUCUGCAUGAUUAAUAGGGCACAUGGAAGGUGGCGGAGCAGCAGCUGUUAGCUCGCUGCUAGCUGCGUAACGACCUUUGGAGACGUCAGCUUCUCCUGCACAAGCUGUUUGCUGCCUACGCUGCUCAGGCUGGGUGUUUUCCGUGGUUGCCUUGCCUGCUAUUCGAGUGUUAUAUUUCAUCCAGGCCUCUCAUGGCCAAGCGAGUCAAUGAUUUAAUCUCAUUGAUUGCAUCACAAGACCAGACUGGGUGCAGCCCAAGCACAUUCACUGGGGUUGGCGAGGCUUGUUUUUUUCCAGAGGCCAGAUCAACUUGAGAUGUAACAGCUUUUUUAUUUUUUUAUUUGCUUUUUGUCACAUAUUCUGUCCUUCUCUCUGUCUCUCCUGAACUCACAUUUUAGGAUAAAAAAGAAGGUGAAAGCCAAAAGUGAACUGAAGAUUUACUGGGUGUCCUAAAUGGGGGACUACGGGUUUGGAGUUCUGGUUAAGAACAGCAGCGGUAACAAAUCUGCUUUCCCUGUAAGGAUCCCUCCUCACCUCCAACCCCAGAACCCACACCACCCCUCCAACCCCCCCAGCCCCCCUUCCUUCGUAAACAACACCUGCUCCACCAAUGGGGGCAGUGCUUGGCUGUUCCCCGCUGUAGCCCAACACAGUAACAUGCAAGAUGAGAUUCUGGAGUCAGACAAGUCCAAGACCUUGGACCUCCAGGACAUGCAAGACAAGUCUCAGGUCCAGGCCCAGCCCCAGGCCCUGUCCCCGGGGCAGCAAGAGAGUGGGGGAGGCCUAGGAGAGCUUGAGGGUGCUCUUCCUGAAGAAGGCACAUUGGAGAAGGGUUCUCUGGAGAGCAGCGGUGGGAAGGAGAAGUUGAGGAUGGAGUCCCCAGUGCUAAGCGGAUUUGACUACCAGGACAGCCUGGGAAUGGGUACAAGCUGUGCACAGUCCACCUCCUCCUCAUCCUCACUGACCAGCUUUAACAACUGGUCCCCUGCUGUCCCAUCAACCCAGUCUCCAGUGGUCGGGGAAGACGUGGGAGGGUUUUUUGGUCCGGCUGGCUCCAAUGCCAACGGACCCCCCCUGCUGUUCCAGAACUUCUCCCACCACGCCGGGCCAGGCUUUGGAGCCGGGGGAAGUUUCUCCCCGCAGAUUGGACCAGUCUCUCAACACCACCCACCCACACCUCAUCCCCAGCACUAUCAUCCACAUGGUCAGGGGGUCCCACAACAGCAUCGCCGCUCCCCGGCCAGUCCUCAUCCACCUCAGCCCUCCUUCCCUCCACACCCCCAUCGUACCGGACCGUUCACCCAGCUAGCCCACCUUGCUCCUGCUCAGAGCAAACCCCCCUCACCAUGGGGAAGCUACCAGAGCCCAUCCACUCCCACAUCUACCUCCUGGAGCCCUGGGGGGUAUGGUGGCUGGGGAGGCACGCAGGGGGUGCGAGAGUACCGGCGGGGGGUAGGUGGAGGGAUGACAGGUCUGAACUCGAUCUCCCCACUGAAAAAGUCUUUCCCUAACAACCAGGUGAGGAGAUUUUCAUAACUCGAGUCUGACAUGGUCGAAUCUUUACUGAUCUGUGUGAUAUUCAACAUAAUAUCAGAUAAUGUGUUUGUCUGUAGACUUGUAUUAAUCUAAUCUGACUAACCUUCAGGUUCCCUCACAGAAGUUCCCGAGGAACAGCUCCGGCUUUAAUCACAAAGGCUGGGUGGAGGACAGUAUGAGCCGCAGUGAUAGUGUCUAUCCUUUCCAGGUGAGCAUUAAAAGGGUAAUUUGCUCGGGCUGUUUAUAGAAAGCAAGAUUCCUAAAAGCAGUUAGUUUGAUUUCAUGUGUUAAUGUUCCAUUGAAAACAGCUUUAAACUUGGACCGCGGCCCUUUACAACUGCACAUUUGUAAAUGUGUGGAUUGUGUCUUCCAGGGGCAUGAUGUUAAUCAUAUUAAAUACACCCUUCUGUAUCUAAUGCAACAAAUAAACUAUUGAGCCAAACAGGAUAUAUGACGCUUAAGCCAACCAGGCGGAUGAAUUGAAAGUAAUUGUGUGUUUGUGUCGAGAGUCUAAUCUAGAUCAUUUUCAUUGAAGGGUAGCAGUCUUAUCGUCUGCUCUGAUCACAUGGCCUUCCUCUUGUCCUGAUUUGAGGAGUCUUGUGCUCUGCUCCAGCUUUGCAUGCUCACAGCCCAUUUAGAAACGCACUGAAGAGCCCUGACUCGUUUGUAUUACUCAUCACAGCUUUCAAAUGCAAAUAUACGCUUUUUUUAUGAGGGCCUUAGUAUGCAUAUUUUGCUCCACAUGUAGCAUAUCUUAUCUGAUUUUGUGAGAUCCAGUGGAAAGAUGUGCUUUGAUUGCAGAGAUGUGCAGAUGAUUAUUUUGUACACACGCAGAGCUCCAUUUUCUGUUUGUAGCAUUUUCCAUCGGGGGUCUCCACAGGGAUAUUCUCUGCAGUCUUUUAUUAGCUUUUAGCAUCAUAGCGAACCAUGUCAGGGCUUUUGCAGCUUUAGAUGGUGAUGCGGGGAGUGAGGAUGCUAAUUGUUGUCUUCCUCUCUUUCAGCAGGAGAGAACACGGUCCUUUGAUGGCUUCAGUAUGCACUCUCUGGAGAACUCUCUGAUUGACAUUAUGAGGGCUGAGCAGGAUUCCUUGAAAGGUUGGUUCCCACACUAACAAUGCUGAGGAAAGGAUAGUUUUCCCCAUCCCCUUAUUACUGGCUGUAGAUAAAUGCAGCCGUUUGUUGACAGCAAAUAAAAACUGAGUUCCAUUUUUAUUAUGCAGUCAUGGGGUUGUGUUUACUGCGAGGCUUAGUUAGAGCAUUAAUACAGCCGAAUUUGUCCCAAAAUUUGAAACAUGAUACUAGUUUGUUGAUGCUCAGGGCUGUAGACUAAAACAAGACUUCAAGGAGACCUCAUCAGCUGAACGGGAAUCCUGUUUUCUGUUUAACCAAAAUGUUCUUUUUUCUUUCAGUGAGACUUAACCAGUACAAAUCCUCUUUGAUGAUAUAGUUGCAUGUGUUAUUGGUCUAGAUUUUUUAGAGAAAAGUGACGCUCAAGUAUUAUUGGCAUGUACAAAUGUGUUUCAGUGUUUCACCAAUUUUCCCCCACUCAUAAACAAACAAAUGAGAUAACCAACACUUUGUACUUUUUGCCAAUUUUGUACCCACUGAGCAGAAUCAAAUUUUUAUUUUAGGGGAGAUGAGUACCGUUGAAGAUGUUCUGAUAACAAUUGGACUGUAACAAAUCAGAAUUUUUUUUCCUGAAAAUGUGAUCUUGAAGACGAGAAUAAACUUCAAACUUUAGUCACUCUUUUGAUACUUAUGUAAGCACUGAGUGUUGGAAAGUAAAAACGGCUUUCACUGCAAGUCGUUGUAGAUUUAUGGAUGAGAUGAUCCUUCAGCAGAUUUGUAACUUGAGUGCAGCUUUGCUGUGGAAAUCCAGGUCGUAGAGAUAUGACUACUUUUCUCUUGUGAAAAGAGGCUUUGAAGAAAAAAAGGCACAUUACAAGUUUCAAUAGUUUUGAUUUUGAGUGUGUGAAACCUACACAUCAUUCAUCAUAUUCUUUGUAUCCCUUUAAUCCGUCACCAGCAGUGUCCAAACCACCCCACCUGCUUAUAAAAUAUCAGUGUACUUUUGUUUUGAGUCAGUCACACUGGACUCAUUUCACGUCUGUCUCUACAGACACUCAUCUCAGCUGUCUCCUUUAUGCAAUUUUUUAAAAACUCAUUUGACUUCCACUUAUUUUGAGUAUAUUUCCUAUUAUUAAAUCACAAGCGAAUCUCCAAAGAAUUUAAAUAUCCAAUAUUUUCUAGCAUACCAUCUGCAAAUGCAUAAACUAAAAACAAAUUACAUUUCUGGCAUUUUUUUCAAACCCUCUCAAAUGUUCACAAAAAUGAUUUCAUGAAUUUAUGAUCUCAGGACCUUUUUUUUUAAUCCUUAAAAAAGUAUGAGAAGGCAUUUGAUUUAUGACUCCUUUGGGAAAUCAUCACAUGACUCAUCUUUCUGAGGUCUGUCCUGUCCUUGUGUUUGUUUAAUUUUUAUGUAGGACGCUACACCUUCUCUCACCAGGGUGGAGACGGGCCUCUACCUAUGAAUGGUAUGUUGAAGACAUGAAUACAAAUAUGCAGUGCUGCAGCCGAAACCAGAGCUUGAAAUGAAUGUCUGCCAAAUGUAGAUAAAAGAGAUUCAUGCUAAUUUAAGGAACAAUUUAAGAACUGGAUUACCAGAGAAAAGCAGCUGAUACAAUUUAAAAGGCUCACAAACAGGAAACAGAAAUAGAUUCCUGUAACAAUAGAAUUCUUGGCCAUUUUCUGUCAAGGUGAUGCACAUAGAAUGCGAUUUAGACAGCUGCCAAUGUGCAAAAUCAAGUCACUGAAUUUGCACUCAUGAUGAACCUUUAAGUCAAAUGAUAACGUGUUAAAAACAUAUAUCUCGGGUAGAAGCCUGUUUCACAGAUUUAGGCUUUGGUAUUUCUCUUGGCUGCCAUGAAUGAUUUUAACUCAAGUUAGUGCUGCACUUAGAUCUUAAAAUGUGUUCAUGAUGUAAAAAAAAAAAACAGCUGGUUAUCAAUGUUUAUUCCAAGCCCUGGCAGGUUUUACUUGAAUGUUUUUAUUAUGUGACACUUUUUAUCAAAAAGCCCUUUCAAGAAUGUUUUGUGUUGUUUUACAUGCAGCAAGAAGUUAUGGCAGAAGACGAGGUAAAGCCUGUGAAUGAGUUCUGAUCUUACUUUCUGUUAAUUUAGAAAGCUGUAACACUCCCUGAAAUGACGACUCUGUGGUUUUGCCUCUGUGUUUGUCUGCUUCGCUGUUAAAUGUCACUGUUUAUUCUUCCUCAUAUUUGUUGUUAGGGAUUAAGCUCCUUUUCUGUCGGCAGAAAAAGCCUCCUGAGGUUGCCUGCCAUAAACCUCCUUGUGAUAUUACUUGUGCUUUUAAUGUGUCGUACAAAUUGGCAACUAUGGCUGCUUUUGUGUGUUUUUGUGAUGUUAUUUAAUUCACAUCUAAUCAAACUCCCUGCUUAAUGUGAUGCUAAAGAAUUUCAGAGCUAAAAAUUAUGGUUGGUGGUGAACCAGAUUUGUGUAAUACAAAUCCCUCUCUCUUCACUAGGCCAUUCGUCUUUGUUCCCCAUGGAGGAUGAGCGCUCAUUUGGGGAAGACGAGUCAGGUGACCAGGGGCUCGCUGGUCUUGGCUCAGCCCACUGUUUCCCCCACCUCAACGGUGAACGCGUGGAGCGAUACUCUCGCAAAGUAUUUGUUGGAGGGCUGCCUCCGGACAUAGAUGAAGGUACAGAUGUGUGGUGGCUACAGGAGAAACUCAGCUUUUCUGGUCUCUUUUUUGCCAAUUAAAACUAAAAUGUACCUAAAAAAACAGAGUAAAUGCACAAAACACUAAUAGUAUUGCACAUUUAUGGUAAUCUGUUGGUUUUGAGAGCAGCAUUAAAUAGGUUCACAGAUGGAUUAGCUAACUUGAGUUCUCUGUUCAGAUGAAAUCACUGCCAGUUUUCGCCGAUUUGGUCACUUGUUUGUUGACUGGCCUCACAAGGCAGAGAGCAAGUCCUACUUUCCACCAAAAGGUGAGUUAAACCAGUUGAACAUAAUCUGUCCUCCCUCAUGUUGACACAACAGUACUGUGAUGAGUAUUUGCUUUAAACACACGCUCAUUGUUUUGCAUGUCCAACCUUUCUAGGAUAUGCAUUCCUGCUGUUCCAAGACGAGAGCUCUGUUCAGGCCCUGAUUGAUGCAUGUAUUCAGGAAGAUGGCAAGCUUUACCUGUGUGUCUCCAGCCCCACUAUCAAAGACAAGCCUGUAAGUUUGUCUGUCUUAAAUAUUAAACCCAUUGACACAGGUUUUUGGUUUAUUCUACAGAUAAUUGUGUCUUUAUAGUAUAUCCUCAUUUGUUUUGUUUCACAAUGUGAGUGCUUUGUGGAAAAACCCAGGAGACGUGCGUCCGUUCUGCACUUCUCAUUUUGAUGGCAAAUUUAAUUGCACAGCAAAAGCAUUGAGCAGUUAAUGAUGAAAUACAACUGACCUGUUUCUGUGUUUGGUUGUUUUUUCAUGUGGUUUUAAUAUGUACAUAUUGCAGUUAUCUACUCCACAGUAAGAAAAGUGAAAAAUGUAAAUAAAGAGUGAUCUCACCUGUAGGCGAGGCUGCAGUAUUCCAUCUCAUUUCACUUGUCCUUCUUGUUAAAAACUCCAGCCACUACCGACAAGCUACAGUAGCAGUCAAAUUGAACCACUGAUAUUUGUUAAUCCUCAUUAUAUAAGCAGCAAGUGGCUUUCAUUUUUAUAAUCCAAACGGAUUCUUGUUCACAAAGGAGGAGAACACAGCCGAGAGGAAAUUAAUGUGUUUUUUCUCUUUAUUUUUUAUCUUGGUAUAUCAAGGUCCAGAUCCGGCCCUGGAAUCUCAAUGACAGUGACUUUGUGAUGGACGGCUCUCAGCCUUUGGAUCCAAGAAAAACUAUCUUUGUGGGAGGUGUCCCUCGACCCCUGCGUGCAGGUAUGUGUGAAUGAAAACCUUUUGUAUUAUCAUGACCAAAUAAGUAAACAAAUAAUAACAAUAUCUUGCAUUAUCUAGUGGAGCUGGCUAUGAUUAUGGACCGUCUGUAUGGGGGAGUGUGUUAUGCCGGGAUCGACACAGACCCCGAGCUCAAGUAUCCGAAAGGGGCGGGGCGAGUAGCCUUCUCCAAUCAGCAAAGCUACAUUGCAGCCAUCAGUGCCCGAUUUGUUCAACUGCAGCAUGGAGAGAUUGAUAAACGGGUGAGUCCGUCUGAUGUCAGCAGCUUCUUUUUCAGGUCUUCGACAUAAAGAGAGGAUGAACAUGGAAUAUUGAUUCCCACUUUUCUCAUACUGCUGCGCCUGCAUUCAAAUCCUCCUCCACCUCCAUUUUCCUCUGUGUCAUCCAUUUCAGGUGGAAGUGAAGCCAUAUGUUCUGGACGACCAGCUGUGUGACGAGUGCCAGGGCACCCGCUGUGGAGGGAAGUUUGCUCCUUUCUUCUGCGCCAACGUGACCUGUCUGCAGUACUACUGUGAGUACUGCUGGGCAGCCAUCCACUCCCGGGCCGGGCGCGAGUUCCACAAGCCGCUGGUGAAAGAGGGAGGGGACCGACCACGACACAUUUCCUUUCGCUGGAACUGAGGCGAGAGGGCGAGGGAGGGAGACGAUGCAGGAUUGGGGAGGGAUUGAGUGAAGGGGUAGUUAGGGACGGGGUACGGGCUAGGAUAUGAAAAAUAAAUGCACUUUUCUUUUAAGUUAAAAAAAAAGAAUAACUUAAUUUAUUUUUUAUUUUGCUUUUUUUUUUUAAAUUCGGCCUUCUAAAAGAAGUAAAUGCUAAGAAGAGAGUGAAAUCCCAUUUAUGUUUUGACUUUAAGUGUGCAUGAGCAUAUGGGUGCAUUAGAUUUGGAUUUAGAUGUUUUCUGACUUGACUGUACUUUCUUUUCGUGUUAGCUGGCAAAGCUGCUUACAUUUGUUGUCAAGAGUAACAUAAAAUUUAAGUGAGGUUCAUCAUACCUAAACCAGUGUACUAACUAUGGACGUUGAGUUUAAGAAAGGUGCAUUUUCUUAUUUUUGCUUGCAGGACUAGAGAACAACUGUACCAUUUACCAAAGGUUGAGUGCAAAUGGUUGAGAUGAACAGAGGUGGAACAUGUCUCAGAUGGUCGGACGAUUGAGUUUUUUUCUAGAAGCUCAGAUUAUAGCAUCUGGCCACGUCACAAAACAAAAUCUCCCCUCAGUCUGGCACGCAUAUUUAGAUUGCUGGCAUGAGUUUUUAGGUCUUGGUUUAAAAGUCGACACUUUGUAACCAGAAGGGCAAACCAAAGAUUGGCCUAAAAUGCAUCAUUAAAAGCAGGUGUUGAUCUGUGGGUUUUCAGGAUAACGUUGUGUCCUCUUGUCGUACAGCAGAGGAAAGGCAGGAGUUGUGUGGAGUUUCAGUUUGUGGGUGUCGGCUAAUAAAGACACAGCCCUCAGGGCUCAGGUAUUGACAGUAGUAUUUGCUCACUUUAUAUUGUCAGGGAUAUUAGCACUGGAAGCUAACAUGCUAAUGUAGUACAAACUAAUGGGAAUGCACAGUCCAGUCUCCCUGAGCUGUCCUCAUGGUGUACCACUGCACGCUCUACCAUGACUGGAGCUUCUAUCACAAGUGUUGUGGUUGGAUAUGGUAGUAGCUAGAAUUUGCUGUCACAGAGAUAAAGAUAUUAUUUUAUACAUGGCCUGCUGAUUUUUGUACAGUGUUUUAUAGCUGAUUAUUUUGUCAUGAACAUAUAUACAUUUAUUAUGCACUACUUUUCUAAAUAUUUUUUUCAAUAGUCAUUUUAGGCACAUUUUUCACAGAUGGGAGAACUCCUUUUGCAAUACCUCAUUUUUUUCACUUGGUGAAAAAUAAUUUUGUACCUUUGUUACUAAGAGAUCUGCAUUUAUGGUAAACUUAAUUUAAAAAAAAGAAAAUGAAUGAUAUUAAUAUAAUUUUCAAUUAGCUUUUAUAUAUUUAAGUGCUGGUAUAUCUGAAAAUUGUCUGGUGCAUCGGUGUGAUUCUGUAGAUAAAAUAAAAAAAAUAAGGCUUUCAUUAGCCAGUCAUAUAUGGAUUCUCCUCUGUCCUAAUAAACAUACUUACAGGAUCCUAAGGCAUGACAAGACCUUUCUUAACUGAUUUUGAUAGUCUUGAAAAUAUAUUCUGACAUUUCUCUCCUAGGUGUAGUCAAUAAGAUUAUCAAUAGGGUAAAUGUUUUGGCUUUGGUCAAUGUAAAAUGUUCCCUUCUAUCACCGGAGUGAAUAUCAGCUGUUUGAAUAUUUAGAUCCUCUUUCUGGGACUGCCUGUAAGUUCUACUUAUUCUUGGCAUGCAUAAUGUAAUACAAAAAUAACAUGGCUAGUGUUAAUGCAGGACCUAAUGUAAUGCACUAGAUCUCCUUUUCCUUUCUAACUUUGUUUUCCUUAACUCUUUGAGAUCACCUCUCUUGUAGCCUCUCUUUACAUGAUGGAGUCUGCCUUCUUUACACAGACAUGAUGUUUAUGCAAUCUACACAGUGACAACACUUUGGAUGCGUUUUUUGUAAUGUAGAGGACACUCAGUAGGACAUAGGUGAGGAGACUUGAUCACUUGACCCCCUUUGUGAUGUGGCAUGCUUUGGGACAUAACCUGAAUGUGAUUUAAUGUUGCAAGUUAACUUUGAGCCAUUAUGUGCAAUACUUAUUCUUUCCAGAAACAAGUCUCAGCAGUGUGAGUCAUUUAACCCAUAUAAACAUGCAGUCAUUUACACAUUUUUUUUGUUCCCUAUUGUUCAUGCUGAUGUCUGCAAGAAAAAAAAAAAACUAAUUUAUACCUGAAUUUAUUUUUAAACAUUAGUUUUGUGCUUAUUUACUUAUUUUGCUACUACCAUGCUACUGUGAUUGAAAACAUUGUAUAUACUAGGUCGAUAAUGUAUUUAGCAUUUGCUAUAUUUUCAACUGAAAUGUAUAACUAUCAUUUUGAUCAGAUUUUUGUUAUAUUUUUGGGGUGAUGUGUUAAACUCGUUGAUGUGUCUAGUUUUUUCUAAUUGCUGUAUUGUGCUCCACAUUUUCAGAUGAAAAGAAUAUUGAUUAUGUCUGUUAGUAUUACUUGAUUGCAAAAUUUCAAUAGUUUUUAAUUGUAUGCUGGGAAGGUUAUAUUUAUUAACUUUUUUUUUACCUGAUAUCAUUUUGAUUUUUAUUAAGUCAUUUCACAUUUAUACGUAAGUUCCAAUUUUUAUAUUUUCUUCCUGAUUAAUUUACGCUACAAUACUGAAGUCAGUUUUUUAUAGUUGGUUUGUAGUAUUGAAGUAAAACAAAGAUCUAAUGUCAUAUAUUCAUUUGCUGCCAACUGUUUGUAACUGUAUGCAUACAUUUGAAGUAUUUGUAAUGUGAGAUGUUGAACGAAUAAAACAGCAGUGAGGAAGAACUGUGCAUCUCAUGUGCCGUUAUUUAGAUUUAUUUUCUGUUGUAUCUGAGAGGUGUUUGUUAAUUGAUUUGCUCCCUGAAGCUCUUCUCGGUAAGAGGAGUCUCACAGCUGAUGCCAUUGUUGUGUAAUAGCAUCUAUUUGGCA